UUUUGAGAAAAUUGUAAAUGAACUCAAGGGAAGAUUUGAUUGGGCUAAUCGCGUCACGAACUAAAGUGAUCAAAAAAAUCAUGAGAAGCAAUGGGAGAGAGAAGAGGAGCAUGCUUUCCUACCAAAAGAAAACAAUACAUAAGAAUAAGUAUGAGACUACACUCCAGAACAAACAGAGUAAUUCUAGGGAAGAACUCUUAUCCCUCUCUGCUAGUUUCCACAACAGCUUAGUCGAAUAUGCUUCUGGUAUGAAGCUUAAGCUCUGAAAAAUGAGCAAUGGGAAAAAUGAGAGAAAUGGUAAAAAAGCUCAUAUGAAAGUUUGUCCCAAAACUCCCAAGAGAACCAAGGACAAGAAAUGACAUGGCCAUAGUUGAUAUACACAAGAAGAACGAAUCCAGAAGGCAUAUAUGAUAAGAAAGAAGCUACACAAAAAAACCUUAGAAAUAAAUCGAAAUAAACCUAGCAGUGAAAAGGACUUAACUGCCCUGAUCUCUAGUAGCCAGAUUCCAACUCCAAGGACUCCAAGGGAUAAGGCUUGCUUUACUCCAAAUCUGAAGAAGCUUCAUAGUAAAAGAAAUUUGGGAAAUUUAUUUAUAAGAAAUCUCCUUCAGCCUUCAUGACUACAAAAGCCGAGCAAGAAGAGGAAUACUUCUAGAAAGAAGUUUAAAUACUCUCCGAUGGUGAUACACACUGUGUAUGGAGAGCAAGAGGCUGAAUCAAUCAAGAGCAAGUCGAAUAGCUUCUUAGGGUCAAAAAUGAAGAACCCCAAUAGGACUCAAUAUUCUUCUGAUAGGAUGACUCAAAGUUGUUCUAAGGAUCUUAACACAAAAGACUCAUUAAGUCCUGACCAAGAUACAAUUGUAUUGAAAACCGACCUUAAGAAUCUGAUGUUGAAGAGCGAGAUUUUGAGAAACACGAGGCUAAAAUUACGCAAGAAGGGUAAAAAGGAAGUCAAAAAACUUGAAAUUAGCAUCAAUAAUCAGGUCUUCGGCACAACUUGUAAUAGUUUCAGAGAAAGUAGAGUUGCUCUCAGUCCCAAGAAUGAAAAUGAAGAAAGCAGUAACUCCAAAACGUCUAGAUUCGUAGUCCUUGAAAAUGUUUAUAGCAUCUUCGAUCGCUAUGAUUAAAUAAGAACGUUCAUAAUUUUCUUGGUUAAAAUCAAAGUUUUU